GCCAGGCAGCGGAGCCGAGGCCGAGCUAUAAAGCACCUGCCGCGGAGGCUGGCAGCUCCAGAGGAGUCUCUGCGGGAGAGAGAGAGAGAGACAGAGCUCCAGCCCAGCCUUCCUCCUCUUCCUCCUCUUCCUCGCCGCCGCCGUUAUGCGAAGCCCGCCGUCCGGCUUCUUGUCUCUUGCCUUCACCCUCUGCGUCCUCCUGGAAGAAGGUCUCAGCUCCCCUCCAGCAAAAUCCUACCUGGCAGCGGCAAGCAGCAGGCACCUAAGGACAAAGCGAUGUACCUGUGCCACCUGGGAGGACAAUGAAUGCGUUUACUUCUGCCACCUUGAUAUCAUCUGGAUCAACACACCUGGACAUGCUAUACCCUAUGGCCUUGGAAAUCUACAAAAACGACAGAAGAGAACACUUGGCCGGUGUGAAUGUUUGCAUACUAAGGACAGGAUAUGUACAGACUUUUGCCAUGGCAAGUCUUGGAAUUUGAAGAAGUCUAUGCUGCCCCCAAGCACAGGAGUGCUACUGAAGCUUCUCCAGACCCACAGCAUGAAGCCCCAUAAACUGAAUUUCUGAGUGCUCAGUGAACAUGCUCUUUUAGGUGCCUUGUUUACCAGAAGGCAGCAAAAAAACAUUCCUUCUAUGAAAGAAGAAAAUCAGGAGGACAAAACAAUCAAUCCUGCAAAGAUGCUUCUAAGUAGAAAUAGUGGAAGGCAAGACCAUUGAACAAGAUGAAAUGAAAUGAAACCAAAUGAAAUGUCCAACCAAGUGUGCAAAGAAUAGCAGAGAUGACACACCACAGUCUCAUUAGAACUUCAGAUAUCAUGGUGAAAAGAACAGAACUUCUCCUUUUGUCGGCUCUGUGGCGCCUUGGGAAGGUCUGUCCAGUUUGUUGGAUGAGAGGAUGUUUAUUUUCUCAGAUGCCAAUAGCACUCCUUAGCUGAUGUCUUUGUAAAUGGCUGACCUUUGGGUAAAGGCAGUGCCACGAUGAUAGCUUCUAUUGCUCUGUGUGGUUCUGUAUAUGAUAAUGCCAGACACCCCUACCUCAGGACCUGGUUCACUCUUACCCCCACAACACUGCACUUUACACAUGACUGGCUGAUCAUCAGACUGUUGCUGUUUACCUCUUUCCCCUUCUAAUUCUCGCUUUUAGCACAUUUCUCCCUAUGCUGCCUUGUAUCACAGGGGAAUAUAUACCUUGCGUAGACAUGAGACUACACAAGGACAUGAGUUCCUUGCAACUCUGUUUUGGUUGUCCUCAAAAUACGAAGCAUCCAAUUUGUAGUAUGCUUGCCUUGCACCCUGUUUAAAUAAAUUGUCAUAGCGCCACAGAGUUAGUCUCAAGAGUUCUACAAGGUCCCUUUGCAGUUCCAAUUUGAAAAUGUUUUGAAGUCAUAGGUAUAUGAGGAUACUGAGGGCUUUGGUAGGGGUUGUUAGACACAUGGGUAGGCUAAUGGUUCAGAAAAUUAUUUGCAAUGCUGCUUUUUGUUGAGCCAGACCACAGGUCUUUGUAGUAUGCUGUUGUCUACUCUGAAGGCUCUGUCUAGGGCUUGGUCAGAUGGUUUUCCUAGUGCUGCUACUUGAGAUAUUUUUUAAAACAGCAAUUAACUGGAAAUGUGGGGAUUAGGAACAUCUGUGCUUUAGUACUGAGCUAUCUUGUUCACAUAUCAAAUUAUUUCUAAGGUAAGAGAGUUCUGCAGGCCUGGUGUUCAUAUGCAUGUGUAGCAUAGUGGGAAUGUGUCAGUUUUACUACUAUGCUUUGAAACCUUACUGAUAUUAACCAAAGAGCUAUCUAGGCCUGUGAAAUGGAAUUGGCAUUUUUUUACAUUCUUUCUCCUGAGCCAUCUUUAAACCAUGAAGGAGAGGACCACCGCAUUAUGCACUCUUUCACACUACAUAGCUAUAGUCAUUUGAUAUCACUUUUAACUGCCUUGGCUGCAUCCUAUAGAAUCCUGGGGUUUGAAGUUUGGUGAGACACCAGGUCUCUCUGGCAGAGAAUUCUAAAUACCUCAUAAAACUACAAAUCCCAGAAUUCCAUAGGAUGGAGCCAUGACAGUUAACGAGCUAUUACAGUGUUGUAAGUGUAUAAUGUCAAGGAGAUACAAAUUGCUCAGCCAAGUUGCUAGUUUAAGGUCCCAUUCACACUAUGAAAAUAACCCAGUGUGAAACCGGGUCAAGGGAAAAGGUAGUGGGAACACUGAUCCGGUAUUGCAUCACUAUGGAGAUCCGGAUCUCCGCAGGACAAAACAGUAAGCGUGAUUGUCCCCUAAGUCAACUUGGUUGUGUUUGAUAUCUUGUUGUAUGAUAGGAUAGUAUAAAUGGAUUAUAUGUCAUCUGGCAAAACAGAAUGCAAUUUUCUAUUUCAUUUCUACUCAGAUGAAUUCCAAUUAAGUUCAGUAGGAUUUACCCCCAAGGAAGUGUGUAUAUGAUUGUAAUCCUAGUGUAGCUUUCACAAGGAAGAUUUACAUGAACACUGAAUGGUCACUUAAUUGUAUUUGAUGUGGCAGCUCAGAUCACAUGGAAAAUCUCUCUGGACAUAACAGUGGGGCAACUGAUGUGCGUCCAUGGUCCCUGCUUAGAAUUCCAGAUGCUAGGAAUAUGUGGGGAGGUGAAGAAUUGGUGCUGAGAGGUUGUCAACAUUUCAACUAGAUUGGCCAGAGAUUUCUUUAUAGUCGGCACAGUUUCAGCUUUAAGAAACUGCAGUGAUGAAUUCACACUUAGCUUUCUGUAUAGAGAGAAGUCAGCGAGGGAAAGGCAACCUUUUUCUCUCUCUAACUAAUCCACAGGCUCAGCAAAACAAACAUAAAGUGAAUUCGGAAACCUUACUGCAAAGUCUGGAUCCUUCCCUUAAAAAAUAUUCCCCUGUAUGCAUAAAAUUAACUUCAACAGAGCCAGGUUAGCACUUUCCUGCUGAGCAAAGAAAUAUUUUACUUAAAGAGGGGCUUUCAAAAGUGCCAUCUUAUUCAGACAAUUUGAAUGUGCUACAGCCUUAAAUCUGCCAUGUGAUUUCUUUUUUCUUUUCUUUUCCUGUAUGUAGACCACUUCUUUCAGUUUAUGUGGCCAAGGAUAUGGGUGUUAUUAAGAGGAAAUAAGUUUCUGUAGCACAUUUUCAACCAGUAAGUAGAAAAGUUGUAGAGAAUUCAGACACCCUCCAGAUGCUGGCUUCUAGCUUCCAUCUAUCUCAGUCAGCAUGGCCAGUGAUAAGGAUGAAUGGGAGUCUAGCCACUUUGAAAGGCCACACCUGCAAUAGCCAGAGAUUUUUUGGAACAAUGUUGCUUCCUUGCCACAUGGUUUCUACCCUAAAUCAAACAUCAGUUACCUUUCCACAGCCUAUGGGAAGAAUGCAGUUCACUUCCUUUUGAAUUCCUUCCAUGCCUAAAGCACAGGACACUUUAGUUACUUUCCUCAUGCAUGGUCUCUUCUGUUACAAAGCAUGGAGGGAGGGAAAAAUCUGGUUUCUGCAAAUGGAUCAGUGCUCCAGAUAAAUGCACUUUUGGGUUUGUGGUGUGACUAGAUGUUGCGGAUUUAGUUUAUGGUGAUGGUGAUAAUGGUUUAAAGGGUGCCUCUUGAUGUUGAGAUGUCUGUCAUAUUCUAUGCAUGAACAAAAUGUUCCUUUUAAAAACUACAUUUCAGAUUUUGUGAUGAAAAUGGGCAGAAGACCAGCUGAUUGAUGCACUAUUGCACAUAAAGCAUUCAUUUCGAAUUCAUUUAGCAUCCAAAUUCAGAAAAGUUUGUUUGUGUGUGUGUGUGUGUGUGUAUUUGCACCUGUGAAGAUUUUGUUCAGCCUCAGAAGAAGUGUUUUUGUAUGCCUGGGGAAGUCUGCACCUGGGAUCACCAGAAGCCUUAUGAUCUAUGCAACUUGUGUCUCAUAAGAUUCUCUAUCCACAAUGCCCCGCUGUUCAUAUCUGUGCGCAUUUGAUAUGUAGCAACCCAAUAUUUGGAUAUAAAUUUGGAGCUAUAUAUACAUAUAUAUCUAUAUAUGCACAUAUAUUUAUUUAUUUUUAAAACUUUUUUUUACUGUAAAAUGCAAAUGUUGAUUUGUAAUAAAUGAAAAGCAAAACAAUUUUUUAAAAUGGAUUGUCCAACUGCCUGACUUAAGUGUCCUAU